AUGGAUACGAGAGCUGACGAGGAGGAGGCUCCACCAGACCCAGCAGCGAGAAAGCACACUCACCAUGACUACACUGAAAAGGAUUUUGAAGGUCACCGUGCACACACUGUGUUCGUGGGCGUACACGUGCCCGCACGUCGACACUCACACCGAAAACAUAAACAUCACCGCAAUGGGGACAAAGAUCCUGAAAAGCCUAGCCCAGCAAUAAUGGCUCGAGUCAGGAGACUUAGCGUAACGGAUGAUGGAGAAACAUUGACUCCACCUGCUCAAAGAGUUCAGUUCAUUCUAGGCGAAGAUGUUGACGAUAGCACUCUUGAAUCUCAUCCCCUAUUCUCUGAAAUGGAAGAACUUGUUAAGGAUGGAGAUGAAUUAGAAUGGAAAGAAACAGCUCGGUGGAUCAAGUUUGAGGAAGAUGUUGAAGAAGGUGGCAACCGAUGGUCCAAGCCCCAUGUUGCUACACUUUCUUUACACUCAUUGUUUGAGCUUCGAAGUCUCAUUUUAAAUGGAUCGGUGAUUUUAGAUUUAGAAGCAAAUUCUUUGGAACAAGUUGCUGAAAGUGUUCUCGAUAAUAUGAUUGUAGAAGGUGGUUUAGCAUACGAUAGAAGGGAAAAAGUUAAAGAUGCGUUAUUACGAAGACAUAGACAUCAAUAUGAACGGCGAAAUCAUAAUAAUAUGUCUAGACUCCCCUUAAUAAGGUCUCUGGCAGAUAUUGGAAAAAAUCACUCAUCAUGUAAAAAUUUUCAGGAUGGUGGCUCUCGACGCUCCAGUUCGAGGAGUUGUCGGGGGCCCACCUCAUCUCCCAACUCGGUUCUACUUCAUGCAGCUGAUGCAAGAGGCUCUUAUCUAGCUGUUCCAGUGGAAGAAGGCAGUACAACAAGUGGACAUUCUCACAAAGCAGAUUUCGGUCGAUUCCUAGGCAUCUCUAGUGCGGGUGCAGCUCCAGACGAAGGAAUGGUUAAAAGUCCGAGCAAUUUAUCAAUGCAUCGUAACCAUAGCUCAGGCGAUCUUCCCAUGAAUGGUGACAUAAAUCAUAAGAGUAAUACUCAUUUUAUGCGGAAAAUCCCACCAGGAGCAGAAGCUUCUAAUAUACUCGUUGGCGAAGUUGAUUUUCUAGAAAAGACAUUAUCCGCAUUUGUUAGGUUGAAAACUGGGACCAUUAUGGGAGAUUUAACUGAAGUUCCUGUCCCUACACGAUUCAUGUUCGUCUUACUUGGACCGCCAAACAGUAAUUCAAGUUUUCAUGAAAUCGGAAGAGCAAUGGCAACACUUAUGUCCGAUGAAAUUUUUCAUGAAGUGGCCUACCGAGCGAAGAAACGGGACCAUCUUUUAGCCGGCAUAGAUGAGUUUUUAGAUGCAGUUACAGUAUUACCGCCUGGUGAGUGGGAUCCUGCUAUCCGUAUAGAGCCGCCUGCUGCCAUACCAUCUCAAGAUCCACGUAAACGUCCUAAUGAUAAUAACCCGAAGGAAGAACCAGAUGAGGAAGAAGAAGAACAAAGGCAAAGAGAAGAGUCAGGGUUAGCAAGAAGUGGAAGACUUUUUGGAGGUUUGAUGAAUGAUUUAAAACGAAAAAUACCGUGGUACUGGUCUGACUUUAAAGAUGCACUAGCUCUACAGUGCAUUGCGUCAUGGAUAUUUUUAUAUUUCGCAUGUCUUUCACCUAUUAUAACUUUUGGAGGACUUUUGGGGGAAGCUACCGGCAAAAAUAUGGCUGCAAUGGAAUCAUUAGUAUCUGGAUUUGUAUGUGGAAUGGGGUACGGAUUCUUUUCAGGACAGCCACUGACUAUUUUAGGAUCAACAGGCCCUGUAUUAGUAUUUGAAACAAUAGUUUUUGAAUUCUGUAAGCAAAUAGGAUGGAAUUACAUGUCAUUUAGAUUUUGUAUUGGUACAUGGACUACUAUAAUACUCAUUACUCUAGUUGCAAUUGAUGCAAGCGCUUUUGUAUGUUACAUAACACGUUUUACGGAAGAAAAUUUUGCAACACUUAUCGCUUUUAUUUUUAUUUACAAGGCCGUGGAAAAUGUUAUUUCUAUCGGGAAAAAAUACCCAUUGAAGACACGCCCUGAUGAAGUGCUCAAUUACGAGUGCUAUUGUUUGCCAGGCAAUUACUCAAGAGUACCGGAACAGUUUAAUUGGACUUCCGUUGACAAGGAGUCUUGUCAGUUAUACAACGGAACUUUAGCUGGUGCUGGAUGUGACACAAAAGUGUAUGUUCCGGAUGUGUUUUUGAUGUCGAUAAUCCUAUUCCUUGGAACUUUCAUAAUUUCAAUCAUUUUAAAGGAUUUUAAAAAUUCUCUCUUCUUCCCUUCUAAGGUCAGACAAAUAAUAAGCGACUUUUCUGUCAUCAUAGCCAUUUUGUCUAUGUCGCUUUUAGAUUUCAAAGUUGGAGUAAAAACACCAAAAUUAGAGGUACCCUCAGAGUUUAAGCCCACGUUACCAACGCGAGAAUGGGUUAUUACGCCUUUUAAUGGUAAUCCUAUAUGGUCUGCUCUGGUAGCCAUAUUACCAGCUCUUUUAGGAACGAUCUUAAUUUUUAUGGAUCAGCAGAUAACGGCGGUUAUUGUAAACCGCAAAGAAAAUAAACUAAAAAAAGGAUGUGGCUACCAUCUUGACCUCUUUGUCUUGGCUAUUUUGAUACAAAUAUGUUCUGUUAUGGGAUUACCGUGGUUUGUGGCUGCCACAGUAUUGAGCAUUAAUCAUGUAAAUUCACUAAAAGUUGAAUCGGAAUGCGCUGCUCCUGGAGAGAAACCUCAGUUUUUAGGUGUCAGAGAACAAAGAGUCACACAUAUCCUUAUAUUCCUAACUAUAGGAUGUUCCGUACUUUUGACACCAGUUUUGAGACAUAUACCUAUGCCAGUCUUGUUCGGCGUAUUUCUUUACAUGGGUGUAGCAUCACUGAAAGGACUUCAGUUUUUUGAUAGAAUACUGAUAAUGUUUAUGCCACAAAAAUAUCAGCCAGACCACAUGUUUUUACGACAAGUACCGAUUCGGCGUGUCCAUUUAUUCACUGCAAUUCAAUUGACAUGCCUCAUCUGCCUAUGGUUGAUUAAGUCCUUCUCAAUGACGUCCAUACUAUUUCCGCUUAUGCUUGUAGUAAUGAUAGGCAUUAGGAAAUCUUUAGAUAUCUUCUUCACAAGACGCGAAAUGAAAAUUUUAGAUGACGUUAUGCCAGAAAUGACAAAAAGGAAUCAAGACGAGCUUCGUGAACUCGGUGAUAUUGAGGAUACCAACAAGAGUAAUCCACCAACAUUUGAAGAAAAUCUUCAAAUUCCUCUCAUCAAUGGCAAUAUUAUGAAUAUACCUUUGACGUCUAUAAAUAUAUCCGAGGAAGUUAAUAAAACCGGUAUUUGGAAACAGGUUAAUAAUAGCAAUAAAUUAAAAAGUCAUAUUGACAUAAAGGAAUUGAAAGUAAAAUCUGGAAAGAAAACUAUAAAACACAAAAAACUUAUUUCAAAGAACGCACAAUCUGAAAUAGAAAGGCGUCUAUCAACAAUGGACGAGGUAGAAGAAGACGAUCCUUCCAUGAAGAGCGAUCUCCUAAGGCGCAAGAAUUCGUGGAGUAGCGGAUUUAAAAAGAAUACUUCGGCUGAAACAUCAGUCUAA